GACGUCGUCCUGUGGACGAUGGAUGUCACCAGUGUGGUGAGUAGCAGUGAGCGAGAAGACUUGGAUGUCGAAUACCACCAAAAGUGUGAGCCUCUAUUAGCCGACAGCCUUCAAAAGACGUUGGAUGCAUUGGAAACGGAGAAGUCGGAACUGUUUCAACAGUUGCAAUGUCUAGUUGAAGACCACGCUAGGCAACAGGAACACCUCAUAACACGUUAUAUCAAUGCCGAUUUCCUUUUGUCCUGCUGUGAAACUAUGCUAUCUGUAAAGCGAACCCCUUCCCGGCACACUGUCACCUGUCCCAGUUCCGGUCAGUCCUUCACUUCCGAAAAUCCACUCGCACUGAGGCACUUUCUGGAGCCUGUUAGCAACUUAGUUUAUGAAAAACUGAAUGCUUCCGUUAAAGAAGCACAAUCUCGCGUUCGUCAGAGCAAUGACGAUCUGUUUGCUUGGAAAUUUGACCCUGAGAGUGCCAGUGGGAAGCGUCUCAUGUCUCGCGUACGUCAGCUACUGAACGAGAACGAGCGUUUGGGACGUGCUACCCACGCAGAAAGGAUCGCAGUCUUAGAAGCUGAUGCAGAAUCACAAAAGACAUGCAUCAAGGAGUUUAAGAAAACGCAUGAAGGAAUUGAAGGUGUCCUGGAAGAAGUUUACACUGAUCUGGAAGGACUACAGAACAACUUGCUUACCGUACACCAGCAAGUGAACGAAAUCGAGACCGCUAUUAACGUCAUGCAGGUAGAGCUGGAGAAUAGGAACCCUGGACGCGUGUCGGAGCUACUAAAGGAGUUGUACUCCAGUAUUGUUCAACAGCCGGAAGAAUUCACUCUCCAGUUGGACGAUCCAGAAAGAUGCAACCCUCCCAAUGAUGCGUAGUUGCCGUUCCGCUACGUUUGACGAGUCAUACUUAUUCCACAUGUAUAUCCCACUACAACCUCCUUCUUUCGCUGUUUUCUUGUCGUAGCUUAUCUUUCAACCGUGUCUGAAUGUGGCCUAAGAGAUCACAGUGAUCAUGUUCCGCAUGAGUUUUCCCAAUCUGACUAUUUGGCCCAAGAAACUGUUCCGUGCGAUCCACAAUUCGUGAUCGGUGAACGAUUAAUCUCGGUGUUUAUUCACACUCGGUUGUAUACUUACCGGUGAACCCGUCACCGACAUACGCGCGGAAGCACACCGACCAUGGAUACUCCGAAAAUAUAUAUGACAGACGAAUGGGACUCAUUUUGGCGCGCAACAGACCGUGUGGCUUGAUAGUCGACACUUCGCGGUAUUUGCCUGGCAAUACUGAUAGAAGCAGCUGGCACUUUCCGGUUUGCAAAGCUGCUUGGAUUGGUCAUACAACCAUGACGAAUCCGGGAAGGCAAUACGUGAUCUGCUUGUCCCAUUAGAACUCGGGGAUAUCCGAUUUCGAGGCAGCAACCUAACCACUGAGCCAGAAAUUCAUAACGAAUAUACUUAAGAUUGCUCAGUUCCUUGGUGCAUGUGAAUACACGGCAGGUCCCGCUGAAAUUCUCUCCGACACACACUGAGCAUACUGCGAUUCACUGGGUGUGCCUGCUGUUUACCAUACAAUUUCGCGCUUUUUUAUCAGCAAGGACCGUUGCCAUGUUUUCUCUUCUUUGUAUUCUCUCUGCGUUCUACACCACCCUUUUUACCGUCGUUCUUUAUUAUUGUUAUGUUAGUGGCGGCAACGAUCCACCGCACUUUGGUGCCCCGAUCAUACCGAAUUGAACUGAACCGAUAGCUACCAGACUGAGUAUCGUGUGAUUUUCGCAGUUUCUCUCGCUGAAUGCGUCGACAGUCUAUCAAUCAACACUGAACCACUGUAAACACGGCAUUCGCCUGUGUGUUUAAUUGGUCUACUUUAGCUCUCUUCGCAUGUGGAUAAUGUUUGCACCUAACCAUGUAUCGAAUGUGAAGGUUAGCGUAUAGUUUUUUUAGAUAAAGUGCUCUAUGGUCUGC